AUGCAUGUUCUCAUCACCGGUGCCGCCGGCUUUAUCGGCCAGCUGCUAGCCAAAGAGCUGCUCGACGACCCCAAGUACAACGUGACCUUGACCGAUAUCCACCAACCCCCGAUCCCCCAGGGCGUUCGCUAUCCUCAGAAUGCGAAGUUGGUGAAAUCAGAUCUCCUCACCGGAGCCAAGGAUGUUGUGGACUCUUCCCUUGACGCUGUCUACGCCUUCCACGGUAUUAUGUCGUCCGGGUCCGAGGCCAACUUUGAACUGGGCAUGAGCGUGAAUAUCGAUGCGACCCGCAACCUCCUCGAGGAGUUGCGACACAAAUGUCCUGGUGUCCGAGUCAUCUACUCAUCUAGCCAGGCGGUUUAUGGCCAUCCCCUGCCGGAAAUUGUGACCGACAGCGUCAUUCCCACUCCCGAGUCCUCCUACGGUGCCGAGAAGAUUGUUUGUGAGACUCUCAUCAACGAAUACACCCGUCGCAAGUUCAUUACCGGAUUCACUCUGCGAUUCCCAACUAUCUCCGUUCGCCCUGGUGCCCCAACAGCCGCCGCGUCGUCGUUCCUCUCGGGUAUGAUUCGCGAGCCUCUCGGCGGCCAGGAAUGUGUUAUUCCUAUCAAGGACCGAUCUUUCAAGUCGUGGCUCUGCUCACCCAAAACCCUCGUCCACAACCUCAUUCACACUCUCUAUCUUCCGAUCGACUCUGUGCCUCCACAUAUCCGUCAAAUCAACGUGCCUGGUAUCUGUGCUACUGUGCAAGACAUGAUGGAUGCGUUGGAAAAGGUGGGAGGCAAGGACAAGCUGGCUCUUCUUCGAGAAAGGGAAGAUCCUGCAUUGAUUCCGAUUCUGAAGUCGUGGCCUACGCAGUUCGAUAAUUCCCAGGCCAUCUCUUUGGGUUUCAAGCGAGAUGAAUCUUUUGAACAGGCUGUGCGGGACUAUAAGCAGCAGCUAGAGCAGUCGUGA